GUCAAACUUCCUGACUCUGGUGUUCUACAUUACGUUUUGCAGGAACAAAAUGACGUAGUUUAGAUUUCGACUCUGAACAACAUGAAGCUCUCAACAAUCUUGAUUCUGUCCACCUUUGCGCUGGUGGUGCUCUUUGCUGUAGCAUCAGGACAGGAGCCUUCGACCGAGGUGAGCGCCAAAAAUACUCCCGCGUCUAAUGGCGCAGCUCAAGGCGCGGACACAAAAGCGGCUGGAAAGAAUAAGAAUCGGAAGAAGUUGACUCGUUUGCAGCGAAAACUGAAACUUAAGGAAAAGCUGGCCAAAAUGACUGCAGAAGAAAAAUCUGCAUGGAAGUCUGAAAGGGCAUUAAAAAUUGCAGCUAGAAAGAAGAAGCAACAAGAGCAGACACAACAAAAUUAGCAAGAAGUUAUUUAGAAAAAUGCUAUUAAUCUGUAGCCCAACAUUAAUAAAGGCUAUUUUAUAAAUUAA